GGAUCAUUAGAUAUGAAAGAUUUGGAUAUAUUUACCAACUUAAGGGAACUAGAUAUGAGCUAUAAUCAAUUUAAAGACGUUGUGAUCCACAAAGAUGAAGCACAAUUGAGGCUAACAAAGUUGCAGAAACUUGAUUUGAGUUUUAAUCACUUUCGGGACAACACGUUUUCGUUCCUUGAGGGACUUUCAAACCUAGAAUCCUUGGUUAUGAACGGCAACAAUUUGCAAGGUUCAAUAGAUAUUAAAGGAUUGAGAAAUUUGACAAACUUGAAGUACUUGGAUUUAAGUUGGAAUCAAAUAGAAAGCCUUCAAUCCUACAAUGAUGCUGGUACAAAACUGAAGCAGUUUGCCCAUUUAGAAGAGCUUCGUUUAGAUGGAAAUCUCUUCAACAACAGUGCAUUUGCAUCCCUAAAAGUGUUUUCAAAUCUGAAGAAUUUGAGCAUAAGCUACAAUCUGUUAAAAGGAUCAUUAGAUAUGAAAGGUAAAGGCAUCUUUUUUCUGUCAAAAUUCUUCCAAGUCUGUUAACAAAACUAUUAAUAACGUUCUGAUCAAUGGAGUUUAUCUCUUAUUUUUCUUUUCUCAGAUUUGGAUAUAUUUACCAACUUAAGGGAACUACAUAUGAGCGGUAAUCAGUUUAAAGACAUUGUGAUCCACAAAGAAAUUAAGGGAUUGAAAAAGUUAAAAGUUGUUUCUCUCGAUAAUGCUUUCACCGAUGGAAGUAUUUCGCUGCUGAACUUGGUCGAGGCUUUUU